ACUGAUAUAUUGCAUGCAGGGGAACUGUGCUGUGUGCGUAGAUUUCGUGCGUUUUCGGAGACAGAGAGAGCGCCGAGAGCAGAGGCGAACGCUAGAGGUGCGGUUUCUCUAAGCCAGGAGUUGUCAAAGAAAUUUCUGCAAAAAUGCCGGAGAGAGAAUUCAAAACUGCUGACAGUAAAGACUACUACUUCAACGAAGUGCCAACAAACAGCACGUGCACUCUGCGCUUCAGGGUGAAAACGUCCAACGAUGCCCACAUCUGUCUCUCGGCCACAGGGGCCCAGGAUUCCACUCCGACUCUGGAGAUCUUCCUUGGUGGAUGGGACAAUAAAAUGAGUGCCAUUCGCAGAGACAACGCGCAGCCCGAAAAAGUAAAAGUGUCAACUCCUGACCUGUUGAGUUCCAAAGAGUACUUCGUCUUUUGGAUCAAAUGGGACAACAAAGGACAGGUGGACGUUGGAAGGGACAACAACGUAGAGCCCUUCAUGUCCUACUUGGACCCGAAUCCUUUCCCGAUCAGUCAUUACGGAAUGCGGACUACCUGGGGCGCCACUGGAAAGUGGAAGGACCAUGAACUUGCAUACGUGCUGCACGAAGGGAGUGCACCAGCAGCACCGGCUGCUUCAGUGGAGGAUGCACCAGCGGAGGCUGCUGGUGGUGCAGAUGGCCGCGCGGAGUACCACUGGGUGGCCGCCAAGAACGGCCAAAUCCCAAGCAACGCCGUGGUAGGCGGCACCGACCAUGGCGAGCAGGUGCUGUUCAUCGCCAGGGUUAGCUACAACAACUCGCAACUCAUCGGCAAGGUCAACAACGUGCUGCAGGGUGCCAGGGUGGCUUGCAACGGCCAGGAGCUGCACUUUGUUGAGUACGAGGUGUUGUGCGGCAGUACAUCCAAGUGGCUCACGGGAUGCAACAGCCAGGUGCCCCCCAACGCGGUGCUCGGCGGACGAGGAUGCAAUGGUGACACCUACUACAUCGCCCGCACGGACUGCAACGGCGCAAUUACGGUCGGAAUGGUUCUCGCCAGCACUCGCCAAUGUCACGUAGCAUACGGUGGAAGGGAGCUGGUAGCCAACACCUUUGAUGUUUUGAUUAACUAAAUUACAAAUUAUUACCUAAAUUAUAAACCGCAGGGCGCUAUUUAGUAAAGCAGCUCUAACUCUGUCUAAAUACAAUCUCAGGAAAAGAUCUAUUCGUAAAAGUGUUUAAUGACUUUGUUUAAAUAACAAUUAAUUAUUUUGUCAUGAUGAAAACAGCUGCUGUGGCUGCUAGAGGCCUAUUUACACAACUAUAUACAUAGAAGCUCUGUAAACAUUUAUUUACACAAUUUGAGCUAAAAUAUUUAAACGAAUGAGUGAGUAAGAAAUGAAAGGGUUUUUCAGUGUUUGACAAAGCUCAUGUAAUUGAAAUUUUUGCAAAAAAAUGGAAUAAAAACAAGAUUUACUACGGCUGCAUAAUCUGUGCCAAAGGCGCGACCGCCGUCUUAAU